UUCCCUCUCUCCCUGCUCGUCAUUGCGGACAGGAACGCCAGGUGUGUGUCACGCGGAAAAAGGUUCGACCUCCAAAGAGUUUCCAAAAACUGUCACUACAAUUUCGAGGUGAAGAAAAAAAAAAGUGGGACCAAAAAAAAGUUCGCCCGGGCCACCCAAACCCAACGCUUCGAUCGUUCAUCGUCAAGUAGUCGUCCAGCGUCAAGUCGUCUAUCCUCAAGACGUCGACAUCCAUUUGCUGCCAGAGUUAGUGGCAGUAGAUCGAAGAACCACUCCGUUGCAGAGCGCAAAUCACAAAGGUGUCUUUCCGGUCUUCUCGAGUGUUGCGGCCGCCUUUCGUCUGGGCAGCACCAACACCUUCACCCAUAGCACGGGCUGCACGACCGCAAGGACGCACUGGAAUUGCAGCAGUAUCUUCGACUCCACGUCAUAUCAGCACAACCAUGUCGGCCCAAAGGCAUAAGCUCGCCAUCAUUGGCUCUGGCAACUGGGGGAGCGCCAUCGCCAAGAUUGCAGGCAAGAACAUGCGGCGCUACCCGGACCUCUUCGAGGAGCAGGUCAAGAUGUACGUCCACGAGGAGACAGUCGAGGGUCAACCCUUGACCAAGCUCAUCAACGAGAGGCACGAGAACGUCAAAUACCUCCCGGGAGUCAAGUUGCCAGAGAACAUUGUCGCAGUGCCGAGCGCCGUCGAAGCAGCGAAAGGCGCGGACCUCCUCAUCUUCGUCCUGCCGCAUCAGUUCAUUCCCAGUGUCUGCCAGGAGCUCAAGGGUCACAUUAGCAGCGAUGCCCGCGCUAUCAGCAUGAUCAAGGGCGUUGAGGUUAAAAACGGCAACAUUCGCAUCUUUGCCGAUGUCAUCGAAGAGAUCCUUGGCUGCAAGUGCUCUGCCCUCUCCGGAGCCAACAUCGCAAACGAGGUCGCCCAGGACAAGUUUUCAGAGACGACGAUCGGCUACCGCGAGGGUGAUCUGGCACAAGCUGAAGUGUUCCACAAGGUCUUUGACACGCCCACGUUCCGCGUCGGCAUGAUCGAAGAUGUUGCGGGCGUCAGCCUGUGCGGCGCCCUCAAGAAUGUUGUCGCCAUUGCUGCUGGAUUUACCGAUGGACUGGGAUGGGGAGACAAUGCGAAAGCCGCCGUCAUGAGAAUCGGUUUGAUGGAGAUGAAGCACUUUGCCGAGGAAUUCUUCGACGGCGUCAAGCCCGAGACCUUUACGGAGACGAGCGCCGGCAUUGCCGACCUGAUCACGACGUGCUUUGGCGGACGUAACCGCAAGUGUGCAGAGGCCUUUGUCAAGACGGGCAAGUCUUUCGAGACGCUCGAAAAGGAGCUGCUCAACGGCCAGAAGCUGCAGGGAAGCGAGACGGCCAGGGAGAUUCACAACUUCCUCAAGGCGAGGGGCAAGGUGGACGACUAUCCGCUCUUCAAGGCAGUGCAUGCGAUUGCAUUUGAGGGCGGCAUCGCAAAGGAGCUCACAAGCAAGCUGUAGUCAAAGGGAUUACGUUCAUUCUUUCUCUCCUAUUUCUCUCCCUUUUUUUCCCUUAGGACGAUGCUUUCCGGCCAGGUCCUUCCUGUAUAUGUACCUGUUCUCUUAAGUACAGCAAGCACCAUGUGAAAAGUGAAAACCAUGACUUCGAGAG